GACAAGAUAAAGGGAAAGUGCACUCUACCGUGACCCUGAUGGGUAAUAGCCCCCUGCUGCCAACCCCCUGUGGACACAAGAUUCACCCUUCUGAUGUCAACAGCAUGGUGACAACCUGUCUGGACAAAAAAUCCCUGGACUUCAGCUGCCCGGUCUGUAAGGAGGCUUGGCAGUGGGAACAGCUGCAGGAACUCAUGCAGCUAUCCCAGGACCAUCUGGCUAAGCACCAAAAAAGAGUUGACCAAAUUGUAGAGGCCUGUCCUGAGAAUUAUAAGAAGUGCCCCACCUGUUCUUCCAUCUUGAAACGGCCUCUGGAUAGCGCCGGCCAGCCCUGCCAGUUCUGCCGGUGCCCCCGGUGCCCCCAGUCGCACCUCUGCUGGUCCUGCCUUUCCCCCUGGUGCUUCCCCAGCGAGGCCGGCGCCGGCCACUGCGGCAACCGCUCCUGCGAUGUGGUGGCCGUGUUGUUGAGCUGCGACACAGUCACCGACCCCAUGAGCAGCGUCUUUGGGUGCCCAGUCUUUCGCGCCUGCCCCAAAUGCCAUGGCCUGAUCAUGCACACAACAGGGUGCAAGUAUGUCUGGUGCCCUAACUGCGAUCACAACUUCUGCUUCAUCUGUCUGCAGAAAGCAUCCAGAUGUUGCCGCCAUGAGGACAUGUACUUUUCUUUAUCCUGUAAGAAGCAGAGGGCAGCCAGGCAGAGGUUUGUGACUUAG